GCGCGCCAGCCCAUAUACACCAACAACUCGGCGCUACUCACGCAGCUCGCACAGCCGUCCUACCCGCCGCCCCCGCCACAGCAGGGUGCCAUGGGUAGUCGCAUGGGCAUCCUCAGCCCGGGCCCGUCCACGUCGCCAGCGCCGACGCCGCAGCGCAGCUUCGUCUGGAGCGGCGUGCUGGAGUGGAUGGAGAAGGGCAAGGCGCCCGGCGACCAGCAGAAGACCACGCGCCAUCUGCCGUGCCAGGUGUCGGCGGGAUCCAAAGAAGUGGAGCCGGAACUGAAGGUGGACACAUGGCCCAACAAGCUGCUGAUGCAGCUGAUGCCCAAGCAGCUGAUCAGCAACAUCGGCGGCCAGUACCUCAAGGACAGCAAGUCCGUGCUGUUCCACCUGCAGCCGAGCGAGGCGCUGGACGCGCUCACCAAGGUCAUGGUCAACGGGUUUGCGGGCUGUGUGCACUUUUCGCUGAUGUCGUCACCACCGCAGUGCGACAUCAAGGUGCUGAUCCUGCUAUACACGCCCGACAAGAAGGUGUACCUGGGCUUCAUCCCCAACAACCAGGCCACGUUCGUGGACAGACUUAGGAAGGUAAUACAGCAGCAGAAGAUAACACAGAUCAUAAACAAACAGCUACCUGCGGCUGCGAGUGGGUCAGGUGGCAUGCCUUCGAACAUGCCCACCUCUACGAUGGCCGGUGCGAUGCCCGGCGGCGGUAUGCCGGCCGGCUCCAUGGCGGGCGGCAGCAUGGCGCCGCUGCAGCAGCUGCCGGCGCAGGGCAUGAGCACGCAGCAUCAGCACCCGCAGCACCAGCAGGUAACGCGCGAAGUCUGA